GACUGAAUAAAGUUGGCAAAACUGACUGUAUUUACAAUACAAGAUCUCUCUUCGAAUCUCUCUGCGAUUCUAUAAGUCUAUACGUUUUAUAAAUAGUUAUUUUCUCUAUUUUUACAAUGUUUCGAUCACUUGCACCAUUAUAUCUACAAGGCAAAAAAUUGCUUGUCACUGCAACUGGAUCAUUGGCAAAAACAAACAAUAUCCUGAUGAGAGAAUCUAUUCGCAAUUUUACAGUGAGUGCAAAGUUGCUGAGCAAUUGGCCACAAAUUCAGAAACCUGCGCCAGAAUUUUCUGGUACCGCAGUAGUUAAAGGUGACUUUAAGGAAAUUAAAUUAAGCGACUAUAAGGGAAAAUAUGUCGUUCUCUUCUUUUAUCCAUUAGACUUCACAUUUGUUUGUCCAACGGAAAUUAUUGCAUUUAGUGAAAAAGUCUCAGAAUUUGAAGCGUUAAAUACACAAGUAAUUGGAGUAUCGACAGAUUCGCAUUUUAGCCAUUUAGCAUGGAUUAAUACUCCUAGAAAACAAGGUGGCCUUGGAGGAGACUUGGGUUAUCCUCUUUUAAGUGAUUUUAAUAAAGAAACAUCAAGCAAAUACAACGUUCUGUUACAAGACUCUGGAAUUGCACUCAGAGGUCUCUUCAUCAUAGAUAAGGAGGGAAUUCUUCGACAAUUUUGUAUCAAUGAUCUUCCGGUUGGUAGAAGCGUCGAGGAAACAUUGAGAUUAAUCAAAGCUUUCCAAUUUGUUGAGAAGCAUGGAGAAGUGUGUCCCGCAAAUUGGCAGCCAGAUUCCAAGACUAUCAAACCAAACCCAAAAGACAGUAAAGAGUACUUUGAAUCAGUUCAUUAAUUUAGGUAAUGCAUUUAAUGAUUUCUUUAAAAGUUAGGCAUAUGUAGAAUAUAUAAAUAGAUUAUAUUAAAUUUAAUAUAUGAUAUUGAAUUUAUAUAUAUAUAUAUAUGAUAAACAGUAAUGUGUAUAAUAGGUUAAUAUUUUCAUUACUUACAAAAUGAACAAAAUCUAAAAACAUAUAUCAAAAUAAUCCAUAUAAUACCAUAUUUAUAUGCUCCUUUCACGUACAUGUUAUGUUCAUCCUUUUGCGUAAACUUAUUUGUGAAGUACUUAAGAGAAAUCUCAUGCUUAGAUAACACAGUAACUUAAGAAUAGAUGUCGAGUG